AACUUUUAAUGUUUCAGCAGCUCUUUGAAAUUGGGCCCUGCUCAUCAAGUCAACCUGCAUCACGGUGGAGUAUGCCAUUCUACUGCUAUAUCCAGGCGGAUAUAAACAACCCUGUUCUAUUGGUUAAAUAAAGGGGAACCCCUCAUACUUUAAACCAGGAUGUCAGGUCGAAAUUCAUUCCAGCUGAUACUUAAACGGAAAACAUCGAAGACACUUAUUCAAACAACUUUCUCCCACACAGACUGGAAGUCGAUCUCGUUUUGGACCAAGAACCUUCAAGUCACAUCCAUUUCUACUGCUGAUUGGUGAUACACUUUUAUACGGUCCAGAUUCGCCGUCGAUAAAUCGCAUCCCAUACAGCCAUCACGCUUACAAUCUUCAAUCCUCAUGGCGACCUCUAUGGUAUCAACUGAAGAUGUUCCGAACUCUACAUGGACGAAUGAUACAACAACCAGCACAGGAGACGGCAGAAACUUUCGUUAUGAAGGUGGAAAUCACGAAAUGCUACUUUUUCUCGGCUGCGUGUACUGCGUCGUGGCCGUCUCCGGGCUGGUGGGGAACACCAUGGUGAUUAUGGCCGUUGUCUUAUCCAAGAAGCUCCAGAGCAGCACCAACGCCUUCGUCGUCAACCUCGCCACGGCCGACCUGAUAUCGUGCCUCACGACACCUUUCGCUGCGGUGGCGCUGUUUAGCAUGAACGGCUGGCCGUUGCCUGAGUUGGUAUGCUCCGUGUCCGCUGCCAUAUACUACAUUAGCCUUGGAUGUAGCAUCUUGAAUCUUACCAGCAUCGCAAUUAACCGCUACGUUCUCAUUACCAAAUCCAUACAGACAUACCAGUCUAUCUACACACCCAAGAAGAUAGCAGCCAUGUUGGUAUUUACGUGGCUCUAUCCAGCAUCAAUCUGUUCUCUUCCCCUCUUUGGUAUCGGUAAAUGGGGUUACUCAGAGAAGUACAGUACGUGUACUCAAGACACCUCGGUUGAGACAAGCAACCUCUUCAGUACGCUGGGAAGUAAUCUUAUUUUCCCCAUGGCACUCAUCAUCCUGUUCGUCUGUUACUUCAAGAUUUACCGCCACGUGACAGGCCACAUGAAGAAGAUGACGCGGAGGGGGAUCGAGAUGCAGGAUUUCCCUACCGCGUCGAAUAGCAGCACCAAGCCACUCCGGGAGAUCAGCAAAAGACAGGUGGAGAUCACCAAGAAUCUCUUCUACGUACUGUGCGCCUUCCUCGUGUGUCUCGCCCCCUUUGCCAUCAAUCUGUGGAUGGAAUCUGAAGAUUUUCAGCUCCCUUGGCAUUCGACCCUCGUCGUCUUUAACAGCGCCGUCAACCCCAUCAUCUACGGGGUCAAACACCCGCACUUCAAGGAGGUGUUCCGUCAGAUGUUCCGGUGUCGGUACCACAUGAUUCCAGAACCAUCUAGCUGUCUCAGAAAGAUGACAUCAACAUAGACAUAACUUCGAAUGUAUAUACCUAUUUUGUAUUAAGUCAUAAUUAGCUGUUCCGACCUACCGUCGGAACAGGUAUUGUUUUCGUCUAGAUUUUUAUUAUUUGUAUCUAUACUAUUAAAAGCAAUCGGCCCGUCGGGUUGGUUACUGGAGAUAAUGUUAACAAAAGAGCCCUCAUGCGGCUGAAUGAUGUACAUUUUUAGGAGUUUGUCUUUUACAAAAUUUACCCAAACUGGACGUACCAAACCCUAAAAAUAACUUGACAUGCUUUCUGAAAGUGAAAUAAGUAAGAGAAAAUUAAGGAGUGAUGACGAAUUUACCGUUUUUAUUUAAACAGUUUGUACGAUAUAGGGUUCCAGAGAUAUGGGAUGUAUGGAGGUUUGUUCCUAGAGCAGCGUGAACACGAACGGUCAGAAGUUGUGUCGUUAAAAUUUCGCGAGAUGCAAUAAGCCCAAAGUGACAAUAAACAAUACACUUAUUGACGUUCACGUUCACGUUUAGUGCUCCCGUAACGUGCAGCCUAUUGACCGGAAAGUUUACAGGACAAAUUCAGAUAAGAAUACCGCCCCCCCAAAAAAAAAAAAAAAAAAGUGGAUAGAUUAGAUUUGUUGCACACAGCAUGUUCCGAAAACUCGCUUUAUUUGGUACUGAAACAACGCUAUGUACCGUGGGACGUGACGCUCCAUAAAUCGCGAUGAAUAAGUAAAGGGCCUAAGAUAGACUGGGUAACCUUUCAAAAUAAAAAUCAACCCUGAAGGCAAAUUGUGUUAAUUUAUGGCAUGCAAGUUUUUUAGGGAUAUCGAGGGGUGCUGAGCUCGAAUUUGCUGUAUGCCAAGCUCAAAAAUGUCCCAUAAUGCCUCAAAAUCCCAAAUCCGAUAUGGCCGCCACAGUGCGUGCAAUCUUUAUGCGUGAACGGCGGGUAUUGUAAGCGG